AUGAAAAAUAAUUUUAUAUUCAACAAAAACCUCGAAAAGAAUUUAGAUGAAUUUACUUAAUUAUGUAUAGCUUUUUCAAGUUUAAUGAAUUAAAUAUACGGAAAGAAAAAAAAUUAAUUAGAGUUAAAGAUGAAAAUUUAUGGUAAUAUUUAUCUUUCUAAAGGAAUGCAAGGAAAAAGAACUUUUCAAUGGAAUAGAUAGGUUUUAUUGGAUAAAUUAUUAAUUUAUAUUCAAUAAAGAAAAAGGAAGAAGAAUAAACAAAAAGCAACAAAUAUUGAAUUUAUUUAAACAAAUUUUGAUUCUCUAUAUAAGAUAGGUAAAAAAAAUAAUAUCAGGAAAGGGAUUGUAUAAGAAAAAAUGAAUAUAACCGAAGAAAUUUUAAUACAUUAAGAUUCUGCUAUAUAAUAAAAUCCAGAAAUAUCUGAUAAUUACUUUAAUAAAGGUUCGAAAUUCGCUCUAUUUAUAGCAAAAAUAUUAUAAAAAAUGAAAAGAUAUGAUGAAGCUUUGAUUCAAUAUGAUUUGGCGAUUAAAAUAAAUCCUGAAUUUUCUGAUUAUUACUUUAAGAAAGGUUCAAAAUUCUCUUUAUUUAUAGCAAAUAUAUUAUACAAAAUGAAAAGAUAUGAAGAAGCUUUAGUUUAAUAUGAUUUAGCGAUUAAAAUAAAUCCUGAACUUUCUGAUUAUUACUUUAAAAAAGGUUUAAAAAUAAAUUAUUGAUUUAGGAUAUACUUUGAGCAAAAUGAAUCAAUUUGAACAUGCAUUAAUUGAAUACAAUUUUGCUAUUUAGAAAAAGGCAAAAAUAUCUGAUUAUUAUUUUUCGAAAAGUUAAAACAAUGAAUUAGUUUAUAGCAAUCACUCUCUUUAGACUGAAUCAAAUUUAAGAAGCCCUUAUUUAAAUUGA